UGUCCUUAUUACGAGUAGAGCGAUAAUUACUCGCUCUAAUGUUUAAUUUAUCACUUCUUGGAUGGGUUAACCGAACCUCUGCGGAUAUGAACCAUGUCUAGCCCAUAGAUCACGCAGGAAAACAUCAGAUUUAGAGGCCUAUCUAAUCCUUAGCCUUCAGCUUCAGAACGGUUUGCUGGAUUGCCUCCUGACAGUCCUUUUUUAUCUCCUCCAAUGACAAAAAAGAUGACAGGACAGGCCGCCAGAGCUGUCCACCUCAACAAUCCAGCAUGGAUCCGGAUUAGUAAUGUUCUAGUUUUCGCUUUGAGAUGUCUCUGUACCAAUCACUGCUUCUAUGCACUCGGGCCAGAUCUUGAUAUGUUGCGCAACGCCCGGGGGUUGUGCUGGUCUCGAGUACAGGCGCCUUCUCGGACAAAGUUCCGUGUGGAGGAGGGAUAUAAAUGAUAUCACCAGCGACGGCCAUUCUCGAUCCAUCAGGAGACUUCCCGGCCUCCGCUUCCUCAUUAAGCUUGUCGAGUUCAGCUCGGGGUUAUCACUACUUGAUUGUCGCCUUGUGGUUCACUGCACCGCGAGGGAUCGUAAAAGGUGUAGGCUGAAGGAUCCGCACCUUCGUUUCGUUUGGUGUCAAGGGAUUGGAACUCUUAUCCUCCGAAUCCCCAACGAUUGCCUCGCCGAACUUGAGCUACUCGACGCCGUCAUCUAUGAACUUGUCCUCUUCCUCCUGCUGCCCUGUCUGGUGCCUAACGCGUUACUCCCGCAGAGGGUAUCACUGUCCGAGACGUACAUACCAGGCCAUACACUUGUCCAGGUUCCACUUCACACUGUUUUCCUAGAUUCUAACGCCUUUGAACGUCCGGACGAGUUCAUUCCCCAGAGGUGGACAACCCAGCUGAAGCUGGUCAAGAAUCGUUCCAACUGUGUUCCCUUAUUGACUGGCUUGUGCCCUGUCAUAUAAGAGCGGCCGAGUUUAAGUUAAUAAAUGUAGGAUCUUAUGCAUGUGCCUGGUAAAGUCUAGCAUUGAUGGAAUCCGUCGCAUCACUGUGGACCUGUUGUUAUGAUUCGACA